AUGGAGAUUUUCCCUCCAAGCCCACUGUUUUCCUUCCUUCACCUGCUGAAAUAAGCCUCCAUAAGACUGGAACCUACCUCUGUCUUCUUGAGAAAAUUUUCCCUGAUGUAAUCAAGAUAGAUUGGAAAGAAGAGAAUGGCGAUAAGA